ACACUGAGAGCGGAUAAAGGCUCCACUUUCUUCUGCAUAUCAUUUGGUAAAAAGGAAGCUGCACGCAGUUUUUUGAGCGUGCAUACAAGCCUCCGAGUUAUCAGCCAUCUCAUCAUCUGAUGCUGCUUCCUGCCUCUGUCGUCAUGGCGACUGUAAGGGCCCCAGAGGACUGGAUGCAGGGCCAGUGAGGAGGAUUCCUCUCCUGAGUGUUACCGAGGUUUUUACCACGCACAGCGUCCUUAAAAAGAAGAAGUCUCGGGACAUGGAGGACAAGGAGGAGGGCAGGGUGAACGGAUUUGGACUGAGAGUGGGCAGGAGGGGCUCCGAGUGGGGUCGCAUCGCCCUGCUGGACAAGACUAAAGAGUUCUUCCAGACUUGCGACGUGGAGGCGAAGGGCUUCAUCACCCGCACUGACAUGAGGAGGCUCCACAGAGAGCUGCCUCUGUCUGCAGAGGAGCUGGAGGAUGUGUUUGACUCUCUGGAUACGGACCGCAACGGUUACCUCACACUGGAGGCAUUCUCCUCUGGAUUCAGUCAGUUCCUGCACGGUCGGAGAAUCUCUGUGACUGACGACCAAAAUCAGGCCCCUGGCCCCAUCUUUAGGGCGAAGGAAGCCCUUUACCAGAGCCAGUGGGAAGCCAAGCUGUCGGGGGUUGAGGACGAGGAGGAGAGGCACUUCUGUAUGCUGCUGGAGAGCCUGGGAGCCAGUAAUGUGUUUGAGGAUCCGGGUGAGGUGCGAAGCCUCUGGGCCGAGCUCAGGCGAGACGAGCCUCACCUCCUGUCUAAUUUUGAGGAGUUUCUGGCCAGAGUGACCCACCAAAUCAAAGAGGCCCACCAGGAAAAGAAGGAGAUGGAGAGCGCCCUCCAGAGGAAGGCUGCGACACAUGACAGCGAGAUCCGACAUUUGUACGAAGAGAUGGAGGCACAGAUCAAAAAUGAGAAAGACAGACUGCUCCUGAAGGACUCUGAGCGUCUUCAGCUGCGCAGCCAGGACCUGGAGCACCAACUGGUUUCGAAGGAGAAAGAGCUGGAAAAGCUUUUCCAGAAGCAGAAACGGUUAGAGCUCCAGUGCCACGAGCUGAGCAGCGAGAAGCAGGAGAGCCACGUGGAGAACGUCAAGCUGAAAAUGACCAACGAUGAACUAUCCAGAGCCCUGGAGAGCACCAGCCAGGAGCUGUCGCUGGCCCAGGAGCAGCUGGCCAUGCUGCAGGAGCAGGCCGCCCGGCUGCACCAGGAGAAAGAGAUGGAAAUGUACAGAGUAACUGAAGGACUGCAGAGGGAGAAGCAAAGUCUGAUGAAGCAGCUCGACCUCCUCAGAGAGAUGAACAAACAUUUAAAGGAUGAGCGAGACAUAUGCUGCGGUGUGCCUCGAACUUCACUCAGAAAGAAGCAGAAGCAGAGAGCGGGCCUUGCCAACAUAUUUGAUGACGCCAGCCAACCGGCAAAAAGUGAAGAUGACACCACCACCAACACCACCAAACCCUCCCCUCCAUCCUCCAACACUCCUGCCAGCUCCCCUGCAUGCCAACAGCGGCCUUCGGUGAAGAAGAACUCAGGCUUAGCCAAUGGGUACACUCAACCCAAAGCGCAGGAAGUGAAGGCAAAGGCCAAAAAGCCGCCCAGCAAAAUGGCCACCACCAAGCGAGUGAUGGGGAAGGAGAGAGAAAGAUCAAAGAAAGUGGAAAUUGAGAAGAAGGCGGGGGUAGAAGAGGAGGUGUUGGACGCCCCACCGGACGGGUGGCCCCUCCGCCGGGUCAUCUCCAUCGAGGAGGACCACCUGCCCCACCUGCUUCUCGGUGGACCCCAGCUCUUGAUGCACCAGCUCAGUGAGGAGGAGGAUGAUGAGGAGGAAGAAGAAGAAGAAGCGCAGAGUGACAUUGAAUCCAGUGUCGUCAUGGCCACAGAUGUUUCUGCUACACUACCCUCCAGUCAGAUCCCGGUGUUGAAGGAUGCUUCCCCUGCGAGGAAAUCCCGCUUUACCCGAACGAAGAAGACACCAGCGUUUCCAAGAGGGCAACCCGUCGGGAAGGAGACCCAGCAAAAGGCCAAAGAAGGAGCACUGUUUGCCCCGGACCGUCUGUUUAAGGUGGUCCUGGUUGGAAACUCCAGCGUAGGCAAGACGUCCCUGCUACGCUCCUUCUGUGAGGGCCGUUUCCACCCUUCCACGACUGCCACUGUGGGUAUUGACUACAGCGUGAAGACGUUAACCCUGGAUAAUAUGCAGAUAGCCAUGCAGCUUUGGGACACUGCGGGUCAGGAGAGGUACCGCAGCAUAACCAAGCAGUUCUUCCGUAAGGCAGACGGUGUGGUGGUGAUGUACGAUGUCACGGUGGAGGAAAGCUUCAAGGCGGUGCAACCGUGGCUCACCAAUGUCCAGGAAGCAGCAGGAGAGGGCAUCCCUGUUCUCCUGCUGGGCAACAAAAUGGACAUGGAUGGAGGCAGGGAGGUGUCAUUUAAAGAUGCUGAGCAGCUGGCUUAUGAGAACAGGGUGAUGUUCUUUGAGGUCAGCGCCUACACAGGCAAGAAUGUGACGGAGUCGCUGACACACCUGGCCAGAGUGUUAAUGGAGCAGGAGGACAGAGUAAGAGACACGACAGUCAGCCUCAGCGCUCAGCCUGUAAAGAAGAAAGCCUGCUGCAAGUGAGCACAUACUGACCAGGAAAAAAAAAGUGGGGGAAAUCUACCUGUAUGCUCAAUUUACUGAGUUCUGUCCCUUUUGGACAGUGGACAUUUACAGUCUUUUUACAGUCUUGGGUGGCAACCUGAUGGUAGAGCGGUUGGGGCCAAUACAACAUGGGUGCUAACGCCCUCAACGGUGAGUCCUUGAUUUGAAUCCCGGCCACCCAGAUUAUUUGCUGCAUCGUCCCCCUGCUCUCUUCCCUCGUUUUUUUCCAGUCACGUCCUACAGCCUUGGAAAUUAAAGGCACAAAAAUGCCCCAAAACAAGCACUUCAGGAACAAAAAUUACAUUCUUGCUGGUGUAAAAGCCUCUUUCUGAAUGCGUGCCUUUUAACAAGCAGUCCCAUGCUGAAGUACAUGCUGAAGUCAGCAUGAAGAUCUGUACUGCCUACGUGAACAAACUGCUGUCAGCCUUAAGUAAUGAAGCUCAGGUUCUGGUUUUUACUGCCUGCCUGCAGUAAAAACCAGGAGCUGCACCAUUCCCUGUAAAUAAUGCUGUGUUUUCAAAUCACAGUAGUACUGUCUAUAAGAUUAAAGUAUAUUCUGUAUAAUAAUUAGUUCACCCAAGAGAAAAAAUCGUAAACAUACUGUAGCUUCUCCACAAGUGAACAUUAGCUUUCAGGUCCUAAUUCUUCUGCAGUUCUCUGGGGUGGUACACUCAUAUGUUAUGUCACAAAAUCGAGUAGUUUUAAGUGGAAAAUCAUUGAAAAUGAAAAAUCCGACUUGAUUCUUUGACAUUUUAUUCAUCUUCACGUUCAACUGUUUUUUUUUUUUGUUUGUUUGUUUCUUUUUUUUCAUAUUCUUUGAUCAUCUCAUCUCCAAAACACGUGGUACAUGACAUAUUGCAUCUGUGUUUGUUACUGUUCUGAGGCAUUGUUCUGUUUUAUUCUGGCACCAGUUGUUCUGAUUUCAUCAUCAAUUAAAAAGAAAUAAAUGACAUUUCACAUC